AUGCGCUGCCCUAAAGAAAACCCAGCCCAUCCAGAUGUCGAUGAAGCUUGCUCCGCUCCACCAAGAGUUGUGAUCUCCCCGGAUGAGCCCGAAUAUCUGGUGUCAGUGGGCGAUGAGCAGGUCGUUGUCAGAUGCCUGGGCAAAGGCAAUCCAACGCCAACAAUCAAGUGGACCAGGAAGGACGGCAAAAUGCCUUCGGACAUCACAAUUCGAGGACCGCAGCUCGUCAUUGCAAAAGCGAAAACAACACAUUCCGGGGAGUAUGUAUGCACGGGAACCAAUGCCGCUGGAAGUGACUCCGCAUCAUUGCGAAUACAAGUAAACGGUAGGUUGGAUCUACUCAAAGUCUCAGAUCUGCAGUUGCAAUGUCUACCUCCUGUCAGUUUGGCAUGA